UGGUACGCUCCCGAAACCCCAAUGGGUUUUUGUUCUGUAACUUUUCUGGGUAAUUAAUCCAGAUUUUGCUUGUGUUAUUCGAGCAGGUACGGUUGAAGGCUUUUGUUCUGGUGUCUUGGACAAGACCAUUGAAGUGGAAGCAGCCCAAGUUAUAACAAUCCAUGGCGGAUGAAUAUUUGAACAAUAUCAGCUUGAAGGCCUUGGUGAAUAAAGGGAGCAACAGAGUUAUCUUCAUAGAGUCUGGUCAUGAAUUUAUAGAUGUUCUCAUCAGUUUCUUGACACUGCCCAUGGGAACAAUUAUCAAGCUUGCUCGCAAUCAUUCUGCACCACUAGGAAUAGGUUGCAUGAAGAAUUUGUAUGCAAGUGUUAAGGAUAUUGAUGUGCAGCAUUUUCGGACUAAUUGUUGGGACAUGUUGCUAUGUCCACGAAAUGGAGCUGGACCGAUUGUAGAGAACCUCGAAAUGAACAUUGAUGAUUGUGAUAACACACGGUUCUUUAGAUGCUCUAAUGUUCCUUGUUGGACUCCAACUAGGCUUAGUUAUUACAAUACCGUUCCUUGUCGUUGUGGAAAUCUAAUGAACAUCGCAGUCGAUGUUUAUGCUAAAGCUGGUCAUGAGGUGUUUGUAAAAGGACCAGUGAGACUAAUAAUUAGUGAUGAUUUGCAAGUCCUGCCCCCAGAAACUUCAGUAAGCUCUUCUUUGUUAAAGAAGGCUGGAGCCAUGGAUUCAAAUACUAUUGAAGAGCUGAGUUUGGAUAUUGGAGCUGAUGAGGUUUUUAAUUUACUUAUGUGCUCAUUCGUAUCGAAGACGCCCCUGACCGAUAUUUUUCUGAAGCGUAGACCACGAUCAAUGUUUAACAAGAACAUUGGCACUCAACAAAUUAGUAUAAAUUCUCGAAUGAUAGAAGAGGAGCGCAACAUGUAUUCUGAAGCUAAUGAAAUUUUUGUGAAGCUUAUAGUUAGCAAAUCUAAGAAUGUGGUUUGUUACGCAGAAGCCGGGGAGGAUUUUGUUAACUUACUUUUCAGCUUCCUAAUGCUUCCACUUGGUUUUAUAUUAAAAGCAGCACGUGAUGUUUGCUUGAAAGGAUGCAUUGAUCGCUUGUACAAAAGUGUCAAGAAUCUUGAUGGGCGGUUAUGGAAGUCUGAUACGCGCAAGGAACUGGUAGUUAGGCCCAAGCCUUCCCCUGGAUUUUGUUACCAGAACCAUCCUUUAGGAAUUGAAGAGGCCUCAAAUGUUCUUGGUGAUCAAGCCGAGAUUGUGGACCCCUUAUCACAAUAUUAUGAGGAUGAAAACGAAGACUCAAGUCUAGGUUUCUUAAAAGGACCUGCCAUGUUUAUGGUAACAGACAGUCUUGUUGUAAGCUCGAUAUCUCCGAUCCUUGGCCUGUCUGUUCUGAAUGAUAUGAAUGUGCCUAUCACUGAUGUUGAAGUGCAAACAGUGCAUGUGGGCGUGGAGGAGGCUUUUGGUCUUUUGGUGGCUUCUUUUGGUUGUGAAUCUGCUGCUCUGACCAGUGUCUUCCUUAGAAGAUAAAGCCAGAACAAUGAGGAUCUAUUGGAAACUAAGUGUAACCAUGCUGGUUGAGCAGUCUAGUUUUGUAAAGCACAUUAUAAAUCCUUCUUUCUCUAGGUCUAAUUUUACGUACAC